AAAAAUUGACUUCGACAACUUGACCUGGAGAUAGGAACACAGAGGGAGUCGUGUAUAUAUACGUGCCAUGGAUCAUUUGCUGCCUUCAUCACUCCAUCGAAAACCAACAACGAGACACCACAAGGAUCGAUAGCCACAGCACUCAGUAACUGCAUCCCCUAGCUAGCUAGUUUCAGAUCAUCCAACAAAUUCGCGUUAGCUCCUGGAUCAAUCCAUCGAUAGCCCAUGGAUCAGCAGCAGUAUUACCCGAGCGCACCACCGACCCCGGGCAACAUGGAGGCGGGCCUCGUCGCCACGGGCCUGCCUGUGCGGCGGCAUCAGCAGCUCGGCGAGGCGGCGGCGCCCGCGGACGACAGCAGGGACGGCUGGGCGGGCAACGACCCCAACACGCUGAUCGUGGUGGCAACGCUGAUCACGGCGCUCAACUUCCUGCUCGGCCUCAGCAUGCCCGGCGGCUACUGGCAGGCCGACCAGACGUUCGUGAGCGACGGCGGCAGGAUGGUGUACCACCGCGCCGGCGACCCCAUCAUGCGUGACCUGCACCGGCCGAGGUACUGGGUGUUCAGGGGCGCGAGCUGGGUCGGGGUGGCGAGCUCCAUGGUGAUGACGCUGAGCCUGCUGGUGCGGAUGCCCGUGGGCUCGCGCCACGUGCUGUGGUCGUUCGCGGUGGCCUACUCCAGCCUCGUGCUCACCUUCGUCGUGUCGCAGUCCAGGACGCACCUGUCGCUGGACAUCAUCAUCUGGGUGGCCGUCCUCGCCUUCAUCUGGCUCGUCAUCGGCCUCCACCCGGACCACCGGGCGCGCAUCAUCCGGGUGAUCUUCUGCUGCAACCGCGACAACUGAAGCCUCUUGCUGCUUUGCCUGCCUGUCUCCUAUCGUCUUCGGAUCAUGUUCGGAUUCGGACAGUGGAUUGAAACUACUACGUAGUAUUAGCACUCAGUAGUUGCUUGCUUUAAUAUGCUUAUCGGUUAUGCGAUGUUUGACUGGCUUGCUGGUGAACUCAAUGUAAACUAUAUAUGACCAUCUGUGUGAUGAAAUUUGAAAUGCA